UUUUAAGUAAUAUGAAGCUUUAAAAUGUAAAUUUUAGAGUUUAAAAAUGUUUUAUUUAAUUAUUAAUAGUUUCAUUUAAGUUAUUUUGUAAAAUUUUAGAUAUAUAUGACAAAUAUCGACUAAAUUUGAUGGAGUUGGUUAUGCCAUGUCCUUUUCAGAUCAUAAAUACCCGAACCCGACAUGGACCCAAGAAAUUACGGGUUUUUUAUGGGUGUUUUAGUUAUAGACCCGAACUGACCCGGACCCGAGAAAAACCGACCCGAACCCGAACCAAAAUUUUCUAAGUACCUAUUGGGUCUAAAUAUUUAAGACCCAAAAUUAAUACCCAAAUCCGAAAGGAACCGGUCCGAACUGACCCGAAGACCCGAAUGCCCAUGCCUAAACUUGUUUUUGAUAACUAAAUCUCUAUCCUAAUGAAACUUUCAGAAUGGCAUGUAUCACGUUGAUAUUAUAUAUAUGUCACCUAGGAAUAUAUACUUCUAUUUUAAUCAAUGCUUUUUUCAACGGGAACCGGAUUUUAAUCACACUAGAACUCGCCGACAAAAAUAUUUGUCACUAGAACUCCAUCAUCACAAUACAUACACACACACACACAUAUAUAUAUAUUCUAUACAUUAUUUAUUUUCUUUAGAAAAGAAAAUGUAGUUAGGAAUGUGAUUAAUAGAAAGAAUGAGAAUCAUUUACUACUCACAGCUCAUCGAAACGAUGAAGAUUCCAAUUAUUAGAAAAUGAGAUGGAGACGUACAUAACAGGAAUUAAGUAUAGUGUAUUUUAGCAUGUAAUUAACCGAACUAUUUUCACAUGAAAUAUUCACAAUUUGCAUUAGUGAUUAGCAGAGCCUAUCUCUCUUACUCUCUAUCUAUAUAAACACCCACCCACUCACAUAUAUCUCCUAUCAUUCAUCGUACACACAAUCUCUCUCUGUAUUUCUCAGAAGAAAUAAAAUCUCUCUCUCUAUAUGACAAAAAUUCCCAACAUGACGACACUCAACCAGCUGUUUGAUCUGCCGGGGCAGGUUUGCCAUGUCCAGUGUGGUUUUUGCACCACUAUUUUGCUGGUGAGUGUACCGUUCACGAGCCUGUCAAUGGUGGUGACGGUGAGAUGUGGGCAUUGCACAAGCCUUCUCUCUGUUAAUUUGAUGAAGGCUUCCUUCAUUCCUCUUCAUCUCCUCACGUCUCUGUCUCAUAUGGAUGAGAAGGGGCACGAGGAGGUUGCAGCUACAACAGAUGGUGUGGAAGAAGAAGCGUGGAAGGUGAAUCAGGAGAAGGAGAACAGUCCAGCGACUUUGGUUACAUCUUCAGAAAGUGAAGAUGAAGAUAGAGAUGUUUCUCGUGUUUACCAAGUUGUCAACAAACCACCUGAGAAACGACAACGAGCUCCUUCCGCUUACAAUUGCUUCAUCAAGGAAGAGAUCAGGAGGUUAAAGGCUCAGAAUCCAAGCAUGGCUCACAAAGAAGCUUUCAGCUUAGCUGCGAAAAAUUGGGCCAAUUUCCCUCCAGUGCAAAACAAGAGAGCUGCCUCAGAUCAAUAUUUUUGCGAAGAUGACAACAAUGCACUACUAUCAUGCAAUGCUCUCGGGGACCAUGACGAGAGCAAUAAUGGAUUCCGAGAGAGAAAGGCCCAAAGGCAUUCCAUUUGGGGAAAAUCUCCAUUUGAUUAAUAACAAUUUGGCAAACGAAAUGUGAUGGCGACUAUCUUCUUCUAUCUAGGGUUUGAUUUUGUUGUUUUUAAGGUUCGUGUUGUUGGAGAGAAAAGGGAGGGUAAGGAUCUGAACUUACGUAAGCUUUGGGUAUUCGAGGAGAGUCUUGGGAAUGAUCAGCGAGAUCAGUAUUUUUGUACUUCUUAGCUUUGAACUUAAUUUGAAGAGACACUGACUCUAUACCAAAUCCUACUUUUGCGUUCAUGACUA